AUGUCACCCUCAGCAACAGAGCUCAGUGAGCAUCUCGAGAAAUUGAGCAACUGUGAAGUCCAGAUGGCCGAGGCCGAAAAACAAUGUGAGAUUUUCCACGCCAAAACAACACAGGGUAUUUUCAGCAAGAGAAGGGCCAUCACGCAGAACAUCCCGCAGUUCUGGUAUAUUGUGCUAGCCCAGUGUGAUGAUUUCGCCGAGUACGUGCGGCCCGAGGACUUGAAGUACAUGGAGCUGAUCUCCGAUAUCUAUGUACAUCGAGAUGUAGUGGACUCUGACGACGUAGAUAACUAUAGAGAUUUUUCAAUCACUUUCCAGUUUUCCGGCAGCGAGGGAGAUGCACUGGUGCCACAGCAGACGGUGACCAAGAAGUUCACAUUUUCCAAGAAGGAUGGCCAGGAACUCAUGGUUUCUCAGCCAGUGACAGUGGAAUGGCCCCAGGAGCUCCAGGAUAUUAGCCCAGCCAAGAUCCGCAGUGAGAAGCUGGGCGAGUACACCCCAGAACAACGCAAAAAGUACCGCCAAGGCAUGCGGUCGUUUUUUGCGUGGUUCGAAUGGACGGGCAAAAAACCAGGCAAGGAAUUCCGGGGUGGCGAGGAUUUGGCACAGCUCAUCACGGACGAGAUUUUCCCAGGCGCGGUCAACUUGUACGUGGAGGCCAUGAACUCCGAGCAAGACAGCGAUGUAGAUUCUUCGGAGGGCGAGGAGUUAGAUGUGAGUGAUGAUGACGAUGACGAUGACGAGCCUGAGCAGAAGAAACAAAAAGUAUGA